AUGGUCAGCACAAGCAGCUGUUUCCAACAUUCUCUACGAAACCCCGCCCCCUCCGCCACUCCAGCAAAACGCCACGUCCUUAACUGUCUCGUACAAAACGAACCCGGUGUUCUGUCCCGCGUUUCCGGUAUUCUCGCAGCUCGUGGCUUUAACAUUGACUCCUUGGUCGUUUGCUCUACUGAAGUCGAAGACUUGUCUCGCAUGACAAUUGUUUUGUCCGGUCAAGACGGUGUUGUUGAGCAAGCUCGUCGCCAAUUGGAAGAUUUGGUUCCAGUCUGGGCUGUUCUCGAUUAUACUACUUCGCCCCUCGUACAGAGAGAAUUACUUCUUGCGAAAAUCAAUCUUCUCGGUCCAGAAUACUUCGAGGAAUUGUUGGCGCAUCACAGAGAAAUUACUGCUAGUGAUCCUGAAGCUUUGCAAGGUCAAGAUGAUUGGGCUACAAAACGAUUGGCAGAAUUGAAGGAUAGCGAUGAUUUCCACCCCGUCAAAUUGGCCCAAAGUCAAGCUUUAAGACAUAAGCAUGAGCAUUUGAAGUCAAUUACAUAUUUCACACAUCAAUUUGGAGGCAAGGUCUUGGAUAUCAGCACACACAGCUGUAUUGUCGAGGUCUCCGCCAAACCAAGUAGAAUCGAUUCAUUCAUGAAGUUGAUUGCUCCAUUCGGAAUUCUCGAGUCUGCACGCACAGGUCUUAUGGCUCUUCCUCGAUCUCCAUUAUAUGGUCCUAACGAACAGGACAACUUGGUGAAGGAUGCUGAAGAAAUUGUUGAUGCAAGCACUUUACCUCCAGGAUAG